AUGUCGAACUACAAGGUCGCUGAUAUUUCGCUUGCCGCUUUCGGUCGCAAGGAGAUCCAGAUCGCUGAGGGCGAAAUGCCCGGUCUCAUGGCCCUGCGUGAGAACUACGGUCCUUCGCAGCCACUGAAGGGCGCUCGCAUCGCUGGUUGCUUGCACAUGACGAUCCAAACGGCUGUGCUGAUCGAGACCCUCGUCGCUCUUGGUGCACAGGUGUCGUGGUCGUCGUGCAACAUCUUUUCGACUCAAGACCACGCUGCCGCUGCUAUUGCUGCAGCCGGUAUUCCUGUGUUUGCCUGGAAGGGCGAGACGGACGAGGAGUACAACUGGUGCAUUGAGCAAACGCUGAAGGCGUUCCCAAAUGGAGAGCCUCUGAACAUGAUCCUGGAUGAUGGUGGUGACCUUACAUGGACGAUUCACAACAAGUACCCUGAACUGCUCGAGAACAUCCGUGGUCUGUCUGAGGAGACGACUACUGGUGUGCAUCACUUGUACAUGGCGGUGAAGAAAGGCGAGCUUAAGGUGCCUGCCAUCAACGUGAACGACUCGGUCACCAAGUCGAAGUUUGACAACUACUACGGUUGCCGUGAGUCACUUGUCGAUGGUAUCAAGCGCGCGACAGACGUCAUGCUUGGCGGCAAGGUCGCCGUUGUGGCAGGUUUCGGUGAUGUCGGUAAGGGUUGUGCCGAGUCGCUCCGUUCGUACGGCUGCCGUGUCAUUGUGACGGAGAUUGACCCGAUCAACGCUCUGCAGGCUUCCAUGGCCGGCUACCAAGUCGACACGAUGGACGAUGUCGCAUCGCAAGCCAACAUCUUCGUCACUACGACAGGCAACCGUGACAUUGUGACGACAAAGCACUUUGAGAUGAUGCCGGAGGAUGCCAUUGUGUGCAACAUUGGUCACUUUGACAUUGAAAUUGACGUUGCUGGUCUUAAGAAGAUCGCGAAGGAGGUCGUGAACAUCAAGCCCCAGGUCGACCGCUACACAUUGCCUAGCGGCCGCCACGUGAUCUUGCUUGCUGAAGGCCGUCUUGUGAACCUGGGCUGUGCCACGGGCCACCCAUCGUUCAUUAUGAGUGCUUCGUUCUGCAACCAGACACUUGCACAGAUCACUCUCUGGAACGACAAAGAGAACAAGUACCAGCGCGGUCAGGUGUACAUGCUCCCCAAGACGCUCGAUGAAGAGGUGGCUCGUGCGCACCUUGCUAAGCUGAACGUGAAGCUCACGAAGCUCACGCAGGUCCAGUCUGACUACCUCGACAUCCCUAUUGACGGUCCUUACAAGGCUGACCACUACCGCUACUAA